AUGUGUCAUACUUUAGACGUUGUCGAAGAUAAGGUCGAGUUUGCCAAAAAACACGGGGCAGAUUGUGGAGUGGUCGUUCGUCGAGGCGAAUCACCAACACAAAUUAGUGACCGUGUUGUCCAGGAGUUGGGAGGAAUGGCGGACGUCUCGAUUGACUGUUGUGGCAUUAGUUCGAGCAUUGAAACCCUCGUCAAUGUAUUCUUUACAUUUUUCAAUUCAGGCCACUAUUCCUGGAGGUGUUCUAACUUUGGUUGGGUUAUCGUCUCGGGGGGAUUCCAUCUCCACCUCAAACAUUGUCUGGAAGUAUUUGGAAGUCAAGGGAUUCAUAAAUACUUACAAUUGGUAUCAAGUUGUGACUUAUUCUGCAGUUACCCCAAGGCUAUAGAUCUUAUUCAGUCGGGAAAGAUUGAUGUUUCGUUUCUUAUUACCCACCGAUAUUCCAUCGACCAAUAUCAAAAGGCAUUUGAUAACUUGUCUGCAGGAAUAGGAUUCAAAACGGUCAUUAAUUUAUAA